GUGCAGUUAUUUCUGUACCAGACUCAGCGGAUCCAGUUUGUGGAAGUUAAUGACACCACCAAGAUGCACUGUUCUUCCACGGAAAACUUGGAAGGAGGAGGAUUGAAAGUGUUUUGGUAUUUGAGAAGAGAAGGUGAGACUCUAACAUGCAUUAAGCGCUGUUCGGAUGAUCAAAAUGUAAGUAAAUUUGCUUGCAAACACGAGACACACAGCUCGACCCUGGAAAUCAGCAAUGUCCAAAAGACUGAGUCUGGCAUUUACUACUGUGCAUAUAAAUACAGCAGCUACCUGAUCUUCGGGAAUGGAUCCACACUGAUUGUUGGAGACAGUUAUACCAACAGCAGCUGGGUGAUGCUUCUGGUCCCAUUUCCACGUGGCAGUCAAGUCACUGGGACAGCAAAUCUGGCUUGUGUGAUCCAUGGAGUGUCCAGCCCAGUCCAUGUUUCCUGGAGUGUUUCUGGGGAGCUGCAGGAACAGGGGCUGACGCGCUCAUUGAAAGCAAAGGAUGGAUCUUUAACACUCAUAAAUCACAUCAGCGUCCCCAUGGACACCUGGACCAGUGGGAAGGAUUUCACCUGUGAAGUCAAAUUCAACUCUUCUGGUACCAGUGUAAAGAAAAGUACCAGGUAUCCUGCAGCCCCUGACAGCGAGUGCUCACAUUACAUUGUGCCCCUUGCGGCUGGUGCUGGUCUGCUGCUGCUGUUGGUGUCUCUGAGCCUCGUAUGGACCCUCUGCCCUUCCACGCUAGGAGUCCAGCCCAGGGUCUCAGCACCCCCAGCUUCACAGGAGAACCAGGGUGGGAUCUUAUAUGCUCAUCUGGAUUUUGAUUCACGGAAUCGCAACGGGCGCAUGAUGCAGCGACCGGCCAGAGGGAAACAUCUAAAACCCUGAACUGUCUCGUGCAGGGGAAUCCACAUGUGGGAACUGAUGUCUGGUUCUCUGCUGAUCGGACAUAGCAGCUGGAAGAAGACUCUGUCUGUCACCUUUUUUAUUUAUUUUCUCCCCUUUUCUGUUUGCAAUAUAAAGGUCAGAAGAUCCCCACAGGGUUCAACCUCAUAAGAUGGGAAAUCUCCUUUUGGGAUAUAAAGGCAUCACGGUGUAGAUAAUACACUUGUGUACUAGAUUGGAAGCUCUUUGGGGCAGGGACUGUCUCUUUGUUCUGUGUUGGUGCAGCAUCUAGCACAGAGGGGCUCUGAUCCAUAAUCGGGAGUCCUGGGUGCUAUGGUAACACCAUCAUCAUCAUCCUCUCAACUUCAGAGGGACCCGGACACAGCUGAACACCUGCAGCUUCCCUGCCCAGAGUGAGGCCGGAUGGCAGGAACCUGCAGAGGGGACGUGCAGCCCCUGUAUAUGCCACAGCUCCCCUGAUCCUCAGCAGGCUCGUGCUCCCUUUGCAGUAAUGUUACAUGGACGUGCAAUGGGAUUGUGAAGGGGGAGGAUGGAUGCGGGAGGAGCUGGGAGGGAUGAGAAUCUCUCCCCAGGCCAGGGCUGGAGCUGCUACUCCAGUGUUUCCUCUACAGCAGUGUUUCUCAAUGACCAGUCCGUGGACCAGUGCCGGUCCUUGAGAUCUUCCUGACACAGCUUAGGAAGGCAGCAAGCUGGUCCCUGGUAUCAGAAAGGUUGAGAAAUGCUGGUGUAGAGGCUGCUUCUUUCCCCACGGGUGAGAUCCACACGGGCCAAGGGGCCAGCCCCCGUGCACCAUCUAACAAUAACAACACGUUAUCAAUG